AUGGAGGAUGAGAACGGCAACAAGCGCAGCGACGGGACCGAGCCCCAUCAAUAUCAGGCCGGCUCAUCCACAAACCGCGAGGAAGAUCAAUGGAAGGAGAGGCCACCGUACAAGAUCCACGACAAGGGCCAGUUUGACGUCAAGUGGAAGGGAAAAUGCCACUGCGGCGCCGUUCAGUACGAGCUUAGCCGGGAGAAGCCAUUGGCUUCCAAGUACUGCCACUGCACCACCUGCCAGCGGCUGCACGGGGCACCCUUCCAAUGGGCCACCAUCUUCCAGAAAACCGACAUCAACUUCACCAACGGCCACCACGACCUUGGCUGGUACGACCCCACCCACAAAUCGACCACACACCACCUGCCUUGCAAGGUGCAGUGCGCCUAUUGCCGGACCCCGAUCAUGGACGAGGGCAGAAACAUGAUUCUGCUGUUUCCCACUCUCAUCGAGGGAAUCAACACGCCGAAGGGAAAGAAGGCGUUCGAGGUGCAGUCCCACAUGUUUUACCAGCAGCGAGUGGUUGAUGUCAAGGAUGGAAAGCCCAAGUUUGAGGGGCUCGCAGACCAGAGCGCCCGGGUAGAUGAGGAGACAGGGGAGGUUAUGGGGACUGAAACGUUAGAGAAUUAA